AUGUUUACAAACCUACAGAUACUGGGCGCACUACUCGUGCUUACCAACAAAGCAGUAGCAACAGGCACUCAGCGCGUUGUCGAAAUUGCUGGCAUCAACACUAGCAACGUAACAAUCUGGGACUGUCCCUCAACUACAAGUCCUGAUCUCAGCCAGUCAAUGAUCCAAACCGCUAUGAACGAUUUCGCAUAUACAUUCUACACCGAAAAAGACGUCAAGCGUGCAUUUGAGCGCUAUGUAGCAAGCAACUACGUACAGCAUAACCCCAGCAUUCCGGACGGUAGAGAUACAGCUGUCAAGAUCCUUUCACCUUUAUUUAAUUCUAAAGAUAAUACUUUUGAGAUUGCCCGGGUUAUGGUAGGGCCGGAGUAUACCACGAUUCAUAUCAAGGCUGGAGGCGCCAAUGAGUCUUUGACAAAUGUCUUUGAUGUUUAUCGGACUAAGGGGUCGUGCAUAGUUGAACACUGGGAUUGUCUGCAGGCCAUGGAAAAAAACACCACAUCCUAUCAUCCAUACUUCUAG